CUUACUUUUUUUGUUUAAAGUGGGUAUCUAAAAACUAUCUCAUCCACUCAUCACCCUAUAAAAUGGUAUAACGUUUAUAACAAUAUUUUAUAUAAAUAUUGCUAAUUAUAAUAAACAUAUUCACACUUUAACUUUCAAGAGACUGGACCUGCCAAUUGUGCGCAUUUCCAUCUGUCGAAUAGAACACAAAAAAUAAGUUUUGAUUUGCUUUCUAAAUCCCUAGCUUGUGUGCUUGUUUUGUGUGUGUCCAUUUUUUGGUUAAUAUUCGUUCAUGGAGACGAUGAAACUUAUCGAAAAUGUAAGCAUCUUAUGCACAGGUCUGUUGUCGUGACUCCUGCCAAGAAGUGACCGAAUUUAUUUGAUCUUAGGCUCCUCAGAAUAGAUUUUUUUCCCAAUGUUACAUGUUACAGACCCCUUAAUUAAAUUAUUUUAAUAUACAUAGUUGUCUAUGUAUAUUAAAAUCAUCAUCUAGUCCAUUUCUCCAUAGUCAAAUUAUACGCCAGAUAGCAUAUUAAAGUAAAAUAAGACGGAUAUCUGAACCGGUAAGAGAGGCGUUGCGAUCGCGGUUGAACCUGUCAGAACGUGUAAAAAAACCUACUUAGAAAUAGAAAACGACAUAAAAGAAAAAAAUUAGACGACAGAAACAGUACAAAAAGGAUCUUGUGACAAUUUUUGACGUUGAACGGAGGCGCUAGUGUGCUUCCAUAAUUUAUUUGGUGUUUUGCCCACCGGUUCAGAUAGCUUGGUCGGUCUCUAUAUUUAUCAUGGCAAAGUCUGCAAAGUUCAGGAUUUUGACUUGGCGGCAAGUUGCGUACAAGACAAGUUUCAAUUUCAAAGUGGCGCGGAGUAUUGCAUCCACAGUAGUGGAGUAGUACUGACCAGUUCAAGUGUUAGUUUUUUGUUAGUAAGUUUUGUUAAAGUUAACCUUAAAUAAUAAAAUUAAUAAAUAUGGAUAAUUAUUCAAGUAAGGAUUCAUACAGCGUGGAUAUUCCAAAGAAACCAUGGUACAAAUACAUAACAGUGGAGCCGUUGAUGUUUUUCUAUAUGCUGGCUUUCAUGAUAACUAAUGUUAUUGAGCAAACAUUCUAUGUAUUCAAAGCAUGUACCGUGAACCAUGGCUACAGUGAAGAUAUAUGUUACAACAUUAGUAAUUAUAAAGAUAUCAAAACUGAAGUUCAGGUGACAGUAUCAACGUUUCAUCAAUGGAAUGGCAUCGCAAGUCAUAUAGUGCCUCUCCUAUUAGCUUUCUUUAUAGGUUCGUACAGUGAUAAACGUGGCCGCAAGUCAAUCCUUCUAGCUGGGCUGUUGGGCAAACUUUAUUUCUCUAUCAUGAUCACAUUGAAUACAAUCAAAGCAUGGCCAGUGGAAUACAUCAUUUAUACUGCAGCGUUUCCAAGUGCCUUAACAGGGGCGGACUUAUCGAUAUUCGCGGGUAGUUUUGCAUACAUAUCUGACGUAUCUUCAUUAAAGAAUAGAACAUUAAGAGUUGGCAUCCUGGAUAUUGUCUAUUUAAGUACAAUGCCAGCAGGAGUAGCUCUAGGUAAUCUUUUAUAUACAAAAGUGGUUAACAAAUCUUUUACUGCAAUGUUUCUAAUAAACACUUGCCUUAUGCUAAUCGCCACUAUUUACUGUAUUUUCGCAUUAAAAUGGCAAACGCGUAUAGAACAAAAAUCCCUUAGGGAAGCCAACGUGAAAAAUCCAAUCGCUGAUUUCUUUGAAUGGAACAACAUUAGUCAGACUGUUGUUACAUUAACAAAGAAAAGGCCAAAUAAUAGAAGAAUGCUACUCUGGUUCCUACUCAUUUCAAUGGCUUUUUACACAUUCCAAAGAGAUGAAAGACCAGUUAUGUAUCUUUACGUGACGAAUGUUUUUGGCUGGGAUGAAGUUGACUUUAGUAAAUUCCGUACAUUCCUCAGCACAGCAUACGUCGGAGUUAUGCUUCUAGGAAUACCGGUGUUCACUAAAAUCUGGAAUUGGAAAGACACGGCGAUAAUAAUGUUGGGCGCUGCAGCACAUAUUUGUGGGCACACAAUAUACGCGCAUGCGACAAUUGGUAGAAGUCUUUAUAUUGGUGCAACUAUAGCAGCAUUUGGUCCUUGCGUUGCCCCAAUGAUCAGAGCUAUGACUUCAAAAGUUCUACCGGCAGCGGAGAGAGGUGUCGCAUUUGCAUUCCUAUCUGUAAUGGAAAACGCGGUCGCGAUGUUCGCAUCAAUUGUAUAUUCACAAUUAUACAAAGCAACAUUAAAAACAGAUUAUAUAAAUUCUAUAUUCUAUCUCACUAUAGCUACACAAGCGAUAGUAUUUAUAUUAGCAAGCGCAACUGAAAUAGCUCUUAAUGGCAGACGUAUAGAGACUCUUAUAGAACAAGACGAAGCACAAAUUCCCACUGCUGCAGCUUUAAAUGAUAAGGAUCAAGAAGUAUAUUAACAUUAUAUACAAAUUUAAUAUACAUUUAUGUAAAAAAUUAAAUAAUGAAAUUACUUAAUUGUAACAAGGCUGUGUCCAAAAUAGUAUAAGAUUUUUUUUGUUACGAUUAUCUUUUUGGUUUGAUAUAUAAUGAAAUUUUAAAUAUGUUAAAAAGUCUAAACAGACAGAAUUCCAUGGUAAAGGUAGCUUAACAUUUUAAAUAAUUGUUAUAUUUGUGUUAAAUUUUUUUUUUAUAAUAGAUCAUAUUCCACUAUUAGGUUGAACAAUAUUAGGGUAAAUAUAUUAUUAAGGAUAAUUUUAUAUUAAAAGACGUCAUAAUCAAACAAAACAUAUCGUAAAGAAUUUGGUCUUAGAAACUCACGGUUUGUUUUUUAAAGCCAUACUGAGAUACAUGAUUCAAAUCCUGGAUAUGAUAGAAAGUUAUGCUCAAAUCUGUACAAUGUACAAAAUCCUGCCUUUAAAAACUUCCUAUUAGAAUUUUAAUAACCGCAUUUGUGAAUUGUGUAGAAAUAAUUUUAAAUGUUA